AUGAAGGCUACUAUCGUCUUGGCCAGCGUUGCCACCUUUUCAGCUGGUGUAGCUGGACAUGCGACUUUCCAGCAGCUCUGGAUCAACGGUGGUACAUGCGCUCGUCUUCCAACUAGCAACAGCCCAAUCACAGAUGUGACAAGCACCAAUAUACGAUGCAACGCCAACCAAGGCUUCGCUGCAUCCAAGUGUAGCGUCGCUGCUGGCGGUACUGUGACAAUCGAGAUGCACCAGCAGCCGAACGAUCGAUCAUGCUCCAAUGAAGCUAUUGGCGGGGCACAUUACGGCCCUGUACUGGUCUAUUUGAGCAAAGUAUCGAACUCGGCUACCGCCGAUGGCUCGACUCCGUUUUUCAAAAUUUACCAAGACACCUGGGGCCAGAACACAGCUGGUUCUAGCGGUUCUGAUGAUUACUGGGGAACGAAGGAUCUUAACACACACUGCGGGAAAUUGGACGUGAAGGUGCCAACAGGGCUGGCUCCAGGUGACUACCUCUUGCGGGCUGAAGCAAUUGCACUGCACUCGGCUGGUGGCAGUGGUGGUGCUCAGUUCUACAUUACCUGCUACCAGCUCACCAUCACGGGAAGCGGCACGACCAACCCGACAGGUGUCAGCUUUCCCGGAGCCUACAAGGCGUCUGACCCGGGCAUUCUGAUCAACAUCUACCAGAAGCUUACUCAGUAUAUUUCACCGGGACCUGCUAUCAUCUCUGGAGGUACAGAAGCCGUGGCUGGUAAGGCAGGAUCAACGCUCGGAAAACGCUUCUCAGCGAGGCUCCGGUACUAGUCUCUUGUCGCUUGUCAAGCACAAGAACGAUGGGUGU